CAGCCGAGCAGUGGCGCGGCACCUUUCCACGGUUGAGGUAGUCGUGUGUCCGUGUCGCUCGCGCUAGGCCCAGGUCCGUUGUCGUACCCGCCCGUGACUUCGCUCGUUCUAGCGAAAUCCGAGCCUCGAUCUGCGAGUCUUCUCCUGUCUUCGUCGAGCAGAGUGGACCGAAACGCCCGAAUCUCGUUCCUUCGACCUCGGGAGUGUGUCCGCAGCCAUGAAUUACGGAGAUCUAGAUGUGGACAGUAGCAGGACGAGCCUGCGGCGGAUCGCCCGGCACGAGGAGUCGGAGUUCAGCAACGCGUCGAUCUUGAACACCAUGGAGAAGUUCGUGCGGACGGUGAACGAGAUGGAGGAGACGAUUUUAGUGCCGAGCCGACUCCUGGACCUGGCGGUGGGCGACUCGAGAGACACGGUCGGCGCAAAGGGGAAGCGCGGCGCCUCGAUCCGCAGCUCCCUGGUCAACACUGACCUGUACCGCCUCUACGACAUGGUGAACAAGGUGAAGGUCGAGCUUCUUUGGUCCCAGAAAUCGGACGAGUCGCAGGACGAGGAGGAGGAGGAGGAGCAACAGUACAGGGACGAGAUGCGCAGGAAGGGCGCCACCCAGACAGGUGUUCGACUUGGCCACGCCAGAUGUCCCAGCACGGCGUCCAUGCAGAGCGUGCAAAGCGCGUCCUCGAUCACGAGCGCGAACAGCAUCAGCGCGAGCAGCUCCGGGUCCAGCGCCUCUGACUCCGACUCCGACAUCGGCCUGGAGAACGACUCCGGCCUGGAGAACGAGGACACCCCCUCGGCAGGGGCGCACCUGGCCGCGGAGAACUUUCGACGUCACCUGCGGGGCCUGCACCGCAGCAUCACGCAGAUGACGGACGCUGCGGCUUACCUGACCAUGCGUUACCAGGCCGACGUGGGGGGCCAGGUCUGAUCGGCCCCCCAGGACGAGGCCCGUCCUCUGGCCACCGUCUCGUUCCCGGAGGCACCCUCUACCUGGAUCCAGGGACUCUCCUCGGGCACCCUCCCCAGGCCGGCGUCGCCUCCGAGGGGAAGAAUUCCGGAGGAACGCUCGCGGGACGGGGCGAUCUUCCUCGAGAGGAGGGGAACCUGGGGAUGGCGACCGAGAACGGGACCCGUGGCCCUUACCUUGGCCGUGUUCGAACAGAGAGGUCGUAAACGCGCGUUAGGUCUUGUUAUGUAGAUGUAGGACGUCGCGAGAAUUAACGCGCGUUGGAUAAUAUAAGCGGGGUGAACCGACCCUUAAGGUGUUGUUAACGUCUCGUGUAUAUAUACCCCAAAAUGUCUAAAUGUAACACUUCUCCAAAUUCGGCGCACCGAAUAAUUUGUAACUCUGACGCGUGAUCGUGUAGGUCCUAACGAACGUGUUCCUGAUCCUCGGGAGAUUUCAAUUUUCGGAGGAAUAUUUCUUGCGUCUAAGAAUCGAGAUAUGAAAUCUUUGUUUAUAAGAAGUAAUGUGAUUUCCCAGUUUUCGAGACCCUCGUCGGAACCUCACCAAUCACGUGGUACGAGUUUCAAGUUACUCGGUGCACCCUGUUUAAUUAACAGUUUUAUAUUUUCACGUUUUGAUGUGUAUAGAGAAUGACAAUUUUUGUGUCACCUUAAGGGGGCGGGAGAGCAGGCGAUGGGGACCUUUCGCGAGUUUUCUGUAAACCGGAGGUAUCGAACUUAGAAAUGCUUUAAGGCUAGUCUGAUGCCCGUGGAAUUUAUAGAGCAAGCUUGUAAGAAAUGGAGUUCCACGGGCGUGGAGACCUACGAUAGGGUCUUCAAGUUCUAGGUAUAAAGUCUCAGAGGAUUCGGUUAAUUCGGUUUGGAGAAGCUUCGCGAGAGGAACUCCGAAGCCGCUUUCGUCCCGCCUUAAGGGGUUCCCGAGCGGAGCGCUUUCCGCGUUUGCAUUUGAGGCGCCGUCGACGCUCGGCCAGGCUCUAGAUUUUGUAUGUUAAAUUCAACAGCCAUCGAUAUUGGACCGACGCGGUUAACAAUGUCGGUGGCUAUCGAAUGUGGCGUUCAGAGCAUCGGUUUCUGGAGCGGGUCCUCGAGGUUAAAUGUGCCCAUAAUUAUGAAAGUGGUCCAAGUCAAAA